AUGUCAGAUUCAAUUGUCAAUAAUGAUCCCGAUCAUAGUAUUGUUAUUUUGGGAAGAGUUACUAAUAAAAAUAGCGACUUAUUUGGCUUUAAUGAACAAGUUAAAAACUAUUUACUUCUGAAAUACAGCGAAGCAGGAGUUUAUUGGUGUAGUAGUGAAUCUGGGAAAGAAGAACAAAUAUCAGUUAAAGAUUCACCCAUGGCUGUCAUAAACUAUUUAGCGAAACUUAAUUAUCACAUCGCUUUUAUAUCUGGCUCUCCUAUUAACAACAACUAUUAUAUGUGGACUCUAAUCAAAAAAGGCGAAAAUAAAUAA